AUGGCUGGGGAAGUAACUAUCGGGGAAGGUUUACCUGGCAUUGCUGCGGAGGCUAUGGUAACAGAUGAGGGGGUGGGAGAGCUCGCGCAAGCAGCAGGGAUAGGCGGGGUUGGAGGGCGAGGAGCAGCAGCAGGAGGAGUGGGAGUAGGAGUGGGGGCAGUGGGGGCAGGAGGAGCAGGAGGAGGAGUAGGAGGGCUACAAGGUGGUGUGGGCGGGGAUGGUGAGGGCGAGCGCGAGGGGGAAGGGGCGUGCAGCGCAGGGGGGGAGGAGGCAGCGGCAGCAGCAGCAGCAGCGGCAGCGGCAGCGAUGGGGAUGCCGGUGGUGGUGGACGUGUCGCCAGAGGAUGGUGUGCUGCCUGCUGUGGGCGGAUCGGCAAACGUGGAUGGGUGUGUGCGCAAGCUUAUGGAGUUCAUGUACCACCAGCGCCGCCGCCCUGCUGACAACAACGUGGAGUUCUGGCGUCAGUUCGUCGCCCAGUACUUCGCCCCGCACGCCCCGCAUUACUUCCUGCUCACAUACUCUCCCCCUCUCUCCUUCCCCUCUCCCCCCUCCCCCCCCCUUUCCCUCCAGGAUAACAACGUGGAGUUCUGGCGUCAGUUUGUCGCCCAGUACUUCGCCCCCAAUGCCCGCAAGCGCUGGUGUGUUGCCUCCUACGGCAGGAGCGGCCGCCAGCCAGCCGGCGUCUUCCCUCAGGACAUCUGGCCCUGCGACCUCUGCGGGGCCAGCCCUGGCAGGGGCUUUGUCCUGGCCGCGGAUUUGGUGAGUGUGGUGUGGGCAGUGAAGGGUGUACAUAUUGUCUAUGGCAGCCAGGCAGGUGUCCUGGCCGCGGAUUUGGUGAGUGUGGUGUGGGCAGUGAAGGGUGUACAUAUUGUCUAUGGCAGCCAGGCAGGUGGUCGUGUUAGUUGCCAGUCAAGCCAGUCAAGCCAGUCAAGCCGCCAGCCUGCCGGUGUUUUCCCUCAGGACAUCUGGCCCUGCGACCUCCGUGGGGCAGUUUUGGUAGAGGCUUCAGUGGACCCCUUUGAGAUGACCAUGGAGGUGCUCCCGCGUCUGUUCAAGAUAAAGUACGACAGCGGGGUGCUGGAGGAGGUGCUGUAUGCGGACCUGCCCGCGGAGUACAUGCUGCCAGGUGGCGCCGUGGUAUUGGAGUACGACCACGCCAUCCAGGAGAGCCUGUUUGAGCAGCUGAGGGUGGUGCGCAAGGGCAAGCUCAAGAUUGUGUUCAACUCCGACCUCAAGAUCACCCUGUGGGAGUUCUGCACGCAGAACCACGAGGAGCUCGUGCCGCGCCGCCUCGUGCUGCAGCAGGUGAGUCGCCUGGCAGAUCUCGCCUUCAAGUUUCAGAACCACCUGCCGGGGUCCCUCACGCCCAACCAGCUCCACUCACACUGCGCCACCUUCGCCACCAUGUGUCGCGAGUUGACACACAAGCUGGACGCCCCAACAGUCAACGACCUGGGCUUCACCAAGUGCUACGUGCGCUGCCUGCAGAUAUCAGAGGUGGUGAACAGCAUGAAGGACUUGGUCAACUACAGCCGAGAGCACAACAUUGGACCCAUCGAGAGCCUCAACUCCUUUCCGCGCCUCAAGCCCACGCCCCCCUCCCCAUGCGCCUCUGACCACUCGAUUCAGCAGCACGGCUUACAGCAGCCUAGCCUGCCGCCUCUGCAGCAGCAGCAUCAGCAGCAGAUGCGCAUGCAGGCACAGCAGCAGCAACAGGGGCAGCAGGGGGGAGGGGAGCUCGGUCUGGUUACUGAACAGGUGGUGGGACAGCAGCAGGGGCAGCAAGGGCAGCAUCAGCAACAGCAUUCUAUGGGCCAACAGGGGCAGCAGCAUUCGAUGGGGCAGCAGCAGGAGGAGGGAGGGAGCCCCCAGCAGCAGGGCAUGGGGCAGGGGAGGGAGGAGGUACGGGCCGUCACUCCCACCUCACAGCUCAUGGCUGAGGGCGGGGGGGGAACAGGAGUGGUGGGGGGAAGAGCAGGGGGGAUGGGCGGAAUGGGAGGGGGUCAGCAGCACCAGGGGAUGCAGCAUGGGGGGCAGGGGCAGGGGCAGGGUUUGCCGCCUCUACCUCCCCCUCAGCAAAGAAACCUUCCUCCGAGGUCGCCCCUGCAACACCUGCAGCAGCAGCUACUGCAGCAGCAGCAGCAGCACCAACAGCAACAGCAGCAGCAGCAGCAACAGCAGCAGCAGCAGCAGGAGGUGCAGAGUUCCUUAUCCCCAGGCACAGGAGCAGCAGCAGGAGGAGGAGGGGGAGGGGGAGGAGGGGCACAGGGCUUUGGAGCGCAGAGCAUGGGAGCAGGGCAGGGGUCAGGGGCGGCAACAGUGGCAGCAGCAGCUGCCGCCCUGAGAAUGAGCAGUGCCGCCCAGAUCUCCGCCCUCAUGGGGUCCCUGGGGGCAGGAGGGGGAGGGACGAGGGGAGGGGCAGGGCCUGGCGGUAUGGGCGGGAGGGGAAUGUCUAGAGCGGACAGUACAGGGGAGAGGGAGCCUGGGGGUAUGCCCGCUGAUGGUGCUGCUGGGGGCGGGGCGGGAGGAGCAGCAGGGGCAGGAGUGGGGGGAGUGGGAGGAGUGGGGGAGGGAGGGGGAGCAGGCGGAGCAGGUGGGGGAGGGGGAGGAGGGGGAGGAGGGGGAGGAGGGGGAGCAGCAGCAGCAGCUGGCAGCACAGCGGGCGCGCCUCUGGGUCCGCCAAGGCUGAGACACUCGUCCUCUGUCAAUUCCUUGUCUGGAUCCGUGGGAGGGGCCAUGGCGGGCAUGGGGGGAGGGAUGGGCGCGGGCAUGGGCGGAAUGGGGGGCGCAGGGGGCGCAGGGGGAGGAGGGAGGGGGAUGGGCGGUUUUACCCGCGCUGGCAGUGUAGGGGGAAGCAUGGGCGGGAGUAUGGGCGGGCCUGGGGGCAGGGUUAUGGGCUCAGCUGCUGCGGCUGCUGCUGCUGCUGCUGCAGGGGGGUUUGGCAUGGGAAGGAAUCAGGAGCUUGAAGCAUUGGGAGCUGAUGCUGGUGGUGGUGGGGAGGGGAUGGAAGGCACAGCAGCAGCAGCAGCAGCAGCAGCAGGGCAGGGGGCUGUGGGCGAGUUUGCGGCUCUCAUGUCUCCUCCCGUGUCUCACCAGGAAGCUUCCUGGCAGCAGGCCGUUGCUGCGUCUGCAGCAGCAGCAGUGGGGGGUGGAGGUGGGGACGGUGGCCCUGGUGGGGGGGAGAUGGGCGCAGGGGGGAGGACGAAUGGCGGGGGAAUGGCGAGAGCAGGUAGCUAUGGGGCAGGCGGGGCAGCAUCAGCAAUGAGUGGCGGGGGCGGUGGCGGUGGCGGAGGCGCUGGUAUGGGUGGGGGAGGGGGAGCGGCAGGAGGAGCAGGAGGAGGAGGAGGGGGGAUGACUUUGAGUGGGCUUCAGAGCAUGCUGCAGCAGAGUGCAGGUGCUGGGUGCGUGGGUGGGGGUGGAGGCAUGGCGAAUAGAGUUGCCACGCUGAUGGCUCGACAGGCUCAGAUUAAAGCCCUUGCUAAUCUUCGCCAGCAGCAGUCGCAGCAACAACUGCAGCAGCAACAACAGCAGCAGCAGCAGCAACAGCAACAGCUGCAACAGCAGCAGCAGCAGCAGCAGCAACAGCAACAGCUGCAACACCAGCAGCAGCAGCAGCUGCAACAGCUGCAGCAGCAGCAGCACCAGCAGUCAGUGUCGCAGGGAAACCCGAUGGAAAGAGCAGCGGCAGCAGCAGCAGCUGCUGCUGCGCAGGGGGUUAGUGGCAACAGCGGCAGUGUGUGCGGUGGGGGGGGAGGAGGGGGAGGUGCUGCUGGUGCUGGUGGUGGUGGCAGUGUUAGUUUCGGAGGGAUGGGGAACGCAGCAGCAGUAGCAGCGGCAGCAGCAGCAAGCAGGUCAGCAGCUGCAGCGGCAGCAGGAGGGGGAGGUGGAGUGGGGGCGGGGAUGGGAGGAGGAGCAGCAGCAUCGCAAGCGGCAGCAGCAACAGCUGCAGGGAACGUGGCAGUGAGUUUGCUGCAGCAGGCAGGGAAGCUGGAGGGGCUACGAGGGGCAGAGGCACAGAGUGCAGUGCAGCAGCUGAUGCAGCAGGUCAUGCUCAACCGCGCUGCUGCCCAGGCCGCUGCUGCCGCCUCUGCUUCCGCUGCCACUGGUGGUGCUGCUGCUGGGGGGGCUGGUCUUGCCGGUGCUGGCACUGCUGCUAGCAUGGCAGCAGCGGCGGCGGCUGCAGGGAUGCUGAGAGAAGGAGCGGCGGAAGGGGGGAUGGGAGGAGGCAUGAGCUCGCAUGGGGGUGUGGGGGCAGGCCUGGGAGGUUUGGGAGGGGUGGGUGGAGCAGGGGGAGGUGGGCCAGGGGGAGGUGUAUCUGCGAUGGGUCCUGCAGGCAGCAGAGUGGCUGCAAUGGCCGCUCGGCUCAGAAGCAUGGGGGUUACAAAUCUGGCAGGGUUGGGAAUGGUGGGAAGCGGUGCUGGUGUUGGUGCUGGCGGUGCUGUUGGUGUGGGGGGUGUGGGAGGGGCAGGGAUGAUGGGCGGGGGGGAUAUGCUGCCUGACGGGAUAGGAGGAGCAGCAGGGGGUAUGGUUCGGGCUGCUGGUAACUUUGCUGGACUGGCUUCUGCUGCAGGCUUGGCCAGACCUACGGGCGGAGGCGUGGGAGGAGGUUUGGGAGGGAUGAGAGGGGCGGCUUUGGCUGAGCGACUGGCAAGCCUAGGAGCCAACAUUGCAGACCUGGGGAGGUUUGAGAAUGUGAUGGAUGGUGGCGCUGGUGUUGGUGGUGUUGCUGGUUUGAUGGAUUCAGGUAUGUCCAUGCCUAAUUCUGCUCUCGUCGGUGGGGGUGGUGGUAUGGGUGAUGUUGGCGCUGGUGGGUUUAGAGGUGGUUUGGGAGCCACAGCAGCAGGUAUGGUUGGAGGGAAUGUAGGUUUGGUGGGAGGCUUGGGGUCGCUGGAUCGGCUCGCCGCAGCAGGUUUGGUUGGUGGAGGCGCGGGGGGUUUAGGUAUGGGAGCAGCAGGAGCGGGUGGUUCAGCUGCUGUGGCAGCAGGAGCACUCCAAGCAGGGCUGCAGAUGCAAGAGCAAGUAGGAAUGGGGCAUGAGGGGAUGAUGGGGGGUGGAGGGGGCGGAGGUGGGGGAGGAGGGUUCAGCAACCUUGGGAAUCUACACUGCGCGGGAAAAUGCGCGGAUGGGUGCACUGCGGACUGUCGCUUUGUAAAAAGCACAAACACGGCGGCGGAAACGGGAAGGGUGGAACUGGGGGCGCUGGCAGAGGGACGGGUGGCGGAAAGGGCAGUGGCGGAACGGGCAGUGGCGGAACGGGCAGUGGCGGAACGGGCGGUGGCGGAACGGGCGGUGGCGGAAUGGGAGGCGGCGGAAUGGGUGGUGGCGGAAUGGGCGACGGAGGAAAAGGAGCCAUGGCGCUGGCAGAGGGACGGGUGGCGCCCCCAGCGACCAUGGCUCUGCCAGCGCCCCCACUGGGGGCGCAGCCAGUGCGCCCGCAUCAGCUGCCAUGGCUCCCGCAUCAGCGACCCAUCAGGGGAUGGUAUGGGCGGCAGAGGAAUCGGCGGAGGAGGAACGGGUGGAUGCAUGGGCGGACCUGGGUCAUCUGCUCCUGGAUCGCAAUCAGCCAUGGGUCCUGGUGGGGGUAUGGGCGGCGGAGGAAUGGGCGGCGGCGGAAUGGGAAAAGGCGGAAUGGGCAGCGGAGGAAAAGGAGGGGGAGGGACGGGCGAUGGCGGGUUGGGUGGGGGCAGCAGCAAUAUGGGCGGGGGAGGGAUGGGCGGCGGGGCAACGGGUGGCGGUGCGACGAGUGGCGGCGGGACGGGUGGCGGUGCGAUGGGUGGCAGCGCGACGGGUGGCGGUGCGACGGGUGGUGGGGCGACGGGUGGCGGUGCGAUGGGUGGCGGAUCAACGGGUGGCGGCAGGACGGGUGGCGGCGCGACGGGUGGCGGAUUGACGGGUGGCGGUGCGAUGGGUGGUGGUGCGACAAGUGGCGGUGCGACAAGUGGCGGUGCGACAAGUGGCGGUGCGACGGGUGGUGGGGCAACGGGUGGCAGCGCAACGGGUGGCGGAGCGACGAGUGGUGGUACGACGGGUGGCGGAACAACGGGUGGUGGGGCGACGGAUGGCGGUGGAACGGGCAGCAGUGGAACGGGCGGUGGCGGCAGUAACAUAGGAGGUGGUAAGGGCGGAUCAGGGUCCCCAUGA